AAAAGACAACCACAACAAAUUGUAAAAAUGUCUUUACAAUCGAUUAAAUACACAGCCGGUAAAUUGGAAAUAUUGGAUCAGCUAUUACUUCCGGUACAAUCGAAAUAUGUAGCUGUUAAAGGUGUUGAAGAUGGCUGGAAAGUUAUAAAUAAAAUGCAGGUUCGUGGCGCUCCUGCCAUCGCCAUUGUUGGCUGUCUAUCCCUCGCUGUUGAAAUUUUCCCCGAAACAUAUGAAUCUAAGAAAACAUUGCGGCAAGAAAUUGAGGGAAAGCUCAAUUAUCUUGUAUCCGCAAGACCUACGGCGGUCAAUAUGAAGAUUGCAGCUGACGAAUUGAUUUCUUUGGCAAAUGAACUGACAAAGGAUGAAAGCGUUACUGUGGAAGAGAUGAAACAAAAAUUCCUUGAUAUAACUGAGGCUAUGCUGCAAAAAGAUAUAUCAGACAAUAAAGCCAUUGGAAGCAAUGGUGCUAAGGCUGUGUUAGAAAGUGCCGGUAAAGAUGGCCCUGUACGAGUCUUGACACAUUGUAAUACCGGAUCAUUGGCUACAGCUGGUUAUGGUACAGCACUUGGUGUUGUACGAAAGCUACAUGAACUCAAAAAAUUAGAACACGUUUACUGUACCGAAACACGACCCUAUAAUCAAGGUGCACGUUUAACAGCCUAUGAAUUAGUACAUGAUAAACUUCCAGCCACUUUGGUACUGGAUAGUAUGGUGGCAGCAUUGUUGCGUGCCAAAAAUGUGGCAGCUGUUGUGGUGGGAGCUGAUCGUGUUGCUGCCAAUGGAGAUACAGCAAAUAAAAUCGGCACCUAUCAAAUUGCCGUUGUUGCCAAACACCAUGGUGUACCAUUCUUUGUUGCCGCACCCCUAACAUCAAUAGAUUUACAAAUACCCAGUGGCGAUCAUAUCAUAAUUGAAGAGCGACCAGAUCGCGAAAUGACCCAUGUCGGUGAACAUAGAAUAGCAGCGCCUGGCAUUAAUUGUUGGAAUCCUGCCUUUGAUGUUACGCCUGCAUCAUUAAUUACGGGCAUAAUAACAGAACGUGGUGUCUUCAAGCCACAACAAUUAAAAGAAGAGAUUAGUGCUUUAUUAGAUUUGUAA